AUGGCCUUGCAAACUGUAGACCACGUCGCUAUCAGCCUUGAUGCUCCUAACGUCGACCCUCUACAAGGGACAAAGUACGACUUCAAAAGAGAUCUUGUGGGCUAUGGAAGAGACUCUAUUCAUCCGCGCUGGCCGAACGAUGCCAAGAUCGCUGUCUCUUUUGUCAUCAAUUACGAAGAAGGCGCUGAGAGAUCACUGUUGAAUGGCGACGGGCAGACUGAGAGCGUCCUGUGGGAACAGGCUCAUGUUGCACCGCGCGUUGGAUCGAGGGAUCCUAAGAUCGAAAGCGACUAUGACUAUGGCGCUCGUGUAGGAGUUUGGCGUCUUCUGAACAUGUUCGAGAAGAACAAUAUCCGAACCACCAUCAACGCUGUCGGCCAAGCUCUUGAAAAAAACAUACCACUCGCUCGAAGUCUAGUGGAAGGUGGCCAUGAGAUCGCUAGCCACGGUUAUCGCUGGGUUCCUUAUCACAACAUGAGCCCAGAAGAAGAGAAACAGUACAUCUUGCGGCAGAUGCAAUGCUUGAAAGCCACAACUGGAAGAUACCCUUCGGGAUGGUUUGUCGGGCGGUGUUCGUCUCAUUCUAAAGCCUUGAUACACGAGGUCCACGAAGAGCUUGGCGCGCCCUUACUUUAUGAAGCGGAUUGCUUUUCAGACGACCUCCCCUACUGGGCUGAUGUGCCUGCUGAGUAUAAUGCGGAUCGACCCAAGGGCAUGUUGAUGCUCCCUUACAGCUACGACAACAAUGAUCUGAAAUAUCAGAUCGCCCCAGGUACAUGGGGCUCUUCGAGUGCUUUCUUGGAGUACCUGAAGAGUUCUUUUGACGUCCUCUAUGCUGAAGGGCUCGAAGGUCGACCAAAGAUGAUGACGAUCGGCUUGCAUUGCAGGAUUAGCGGCAAACCUGGUAGAUUUGCCGCGGUUCAGUCUUUUGUCCGAUAUGUUCAACAACAGCCCGAUGUUUGGAUUACGACCCGAAAAGACGUCGCGCUGCAUUGGCACACAACAUUCCCCUAUGUCAGGAAGAGCGCGCCGCUCGAUAAUGGAAUGGCCGGAGGCCUUCAGCCGGAUCUUCCAAAAGUCGAUAAUCUUGUCUAUGCUCGAAUUUGA